GAGAAGGCCGUAGUUGAUUUGUGGACAGCUGUUUUGGCUCAGCUCGUGGGUGCGGUUGCCUGGCUGCUCGGUGUUUUCAGGCUAGUCGUCGUUAGCUUAUCACGUAGCUUUAAUGCUAACGUCACAUUACUUCCAACCAGCAGUGUUAACAGAUGGCCUACCCUAAGUCCCACAACCCGUUUGCUGAUGAUGAUGAGGAGGAAGAGUUUGAGUCUAGGAAUAAGGGUUUCAACUUCAAUGAUGACCCCGAUGAGCGAGGGAUGAGUGAAGCUGAGAGGAAGCAGAGGUACCUCCAGCAGGAAGUGAUGCGUACAGCCAAAUCUGCUGUGGACAGCAGUUAUCGCUCCCUGGGCCUCAUCUAUGAAUCAGAGAAGAUGGGUGUGGAAACGGCAGAGGAGCUGACACGUCAGGGGGAGGCUCUGAAGAGGACAGAGAGGAUGGUGGACAACAUGGAGCAGGACCUAAAGACCAGCCAGAAACACAUCAACAGUAUCAAGAGUGUGUGGGGAGGCCUUGUCAACUAUUUCAAGGGCAAGCCAGAGACAAAACCUCCACCUGAGCAGCCCAAUGCCUACCAGGCCAGUGACAAAUUACAGGCAGCCCUGUCCCACAGCAGAGAACAUGAAGAUAAAUACCAAGCCAGUCACCCCAACCUAAGAAAGAUAGACACAGGAGGAUUUGGAGCUUCUGCAUCAAUAGACGACAGCUCAUCCCGACAGAACGGCUACCCUCAGAACAAAUAUCUUAAGGAUGCUCACCAGACCCUGGACAACAACUUAGAUGAAAUGUCCUUGGGUCUGAGCAGGCUAAAGAACCUGGGACUGGGCCUCCAAUCUGAGAUUGAUGAUCAAGAUGCCUCACUAGACUCUCUGCUCAACAAAGUGGACAAGAUGGAUCUCAAGAUCCACAACACCAACCAGCAGAUCAAAAACCUCAAAUAAAACAGCUUGUAAACAAACACUUAGGCUCCCCCAGUAGAGACAAAGAUGAAAAAAGGGUCAACGUCCUGUCAUGUGGGUUUCCAAGCUGUCCUGUUAGGAAUAAACUGCCUAUUCUUUGAUUUUUUUUGUACUGGAGCAGUCUGGCAGAUAAACAGGUAAACUGACGGAUUGUUUUUGACAGUCAUUAUUCUCAUCUUACAUUACUCAGCAAAUAUUUCUCUGAUCUUAUUUCCAUUCUGAUUAUGUCCAUAAACUCAACAUCAUGUAGAAAUUUGAUGUUGUACUUUUAUGGUGAUACAACAACUACACCCUCAGUUGCUCAUGUUUCCUUGAGAUAUCCAACCUCAAGAUGAUUGUCUUUUGUUGUCCUGUGGGCUUUUGAAGGGAAGGAGCUGGUUGUAAGGGACUGUCUCUGUCGAGGUAAAAUCUACUCAUACACUGAGCUCAGCUGCAUGCCGGUCUGAAUGUAGUGCGUUGAAUUUGCAUCAGUAUGACUGAAAAGAACAUCAGCUUCACUUUUUUAAUACAAUAAUACCACACAUUUAGCUCACACUUCAAAUGAUUAAGGAAUGCAUGGAUGGAUGAAUGAAUGAGUGACAUCUUGCUGAAUGAUUGAAUGUGAAAAUAGCUGAGCCAUGAUGUGUGCUCCAAACUGGAAUGUGUGUAUGAUGUGUAACUAACUAGAAUCCUUGACCUGCCUCCACUUGUGAACAGAAAACCUACUCCUUGUUGAAUCUGUUAUGAAAUGUGAGAACCACACAUUGUAGCCUUUAAAAAAUCAAGCUCCAGUCACUUUUGCCUUAUGCACAGUGUGCAUGUAGACUAGCUUCGGCUCCUGUUUGGUUCUGUGCCAUGAUGUUUAACUGUGAUUGCUCUUCACUGUACACCACAAUGCUUCACUAUCUGUUUUUUUGUUUUGUUUUGUUUUGUUUUGUUUUGUUUUGUUUUUUUAGGAUAAAUUUGAAAUAACCAUCAGUAAAUGGUAUAUUCAUUUAUUACUACUUUUAUCUACUUUAUACAUAUUGUCUAUAAAGGAAAUUAUCUGAUUGAUUGCUGUGCACCAUGAGUGAGUGGAUGUUUGUGAGACAUGUGAACCAAUUUUGUGUGAAUAUACCCAGCUCUCCAAAUUGAAGGUAUAUCUCCAGUAUAUUCUAAAACCCAGAUACCCAAUAAAAACAUACCAGUGGGGUUUUUAAAUGA